AUGUUCAAGCUCUUGGUCACUGUGGCGCUUGCCAUUGGCGCUCUCUGCCAAUACUCUCCUCCUGCCAACUCGACCUCGACUUUCACCAACCCCAUCGUCGACACGGGUGCUGAUCCUUGGAUGUUCCGCCAUGGUGACUUCUACUACAUGACCUACACCAACAACGUCAACAUAACCCUCUGGCGCAGCAAGUCGAUAACAGACUGGAACGGCGCAGAGUCAAAGACCAUCUUUCACCCGGAGCCCAACAAGCCCUACUCAACUGACCUGUGGGCUCCGGAAAUCCACCAGAUUGGCGGUGCUUGGUGGGUCAUCUUCACUGCCGAUCCCAAUUACGACUCACCACCGCCUGAGGUCGAAAUGUGGUGCGAAUACAACUGUCCCGCCGUCAAUCACCGCAUGUUCGUCGUGGCUGGUGAAGGUCAAGACCCGUGGACUGCUACCUACCGGUACCAUAGCCAACUCGAGACUUAUGACCAGUUCGCUAUAGACGGGACAUACUUCCAGUACAAGAAUCAGCUGUAUCACAUCUACUCCUGCUGGUACCGUAAGUACGAUGGCUGGCCAGCCAACCUUUGCAUCACCAAAAUGUCAGAUCCCUCUACAACGACCUCGCCCUUCUCAGAGCGCCAGGUCAUCUCGGUGCCAGAGUAUGCGUGGGAGAAGACGCCUUUUGGUCGCGCAAGCAACGAUCGCCUCUCGUCUAACGAGGGUCCUCAACAGCUUACCAACCCUACCACGGGCCAAAACUUCCUCAUUUACAGCGCCGCCCGCUCAGACAAUCGCAACUAUUGCCUUGGCCAGCUCGAGCUUGUUGGUGACGACCCAAUGAAUCCUAGUGACUGGCGGAAGCACCCGUAUCCUGUCUUCUAUCAGAACCCUAGCGAGUCUGCGUAUGGUGUUGGCCAUGCGUCCUUUACCACUUCUCCCGACAAUACCGAGAGCUGGAUCGUCUAUCAUGGAAUGAAAGAUCCGACCAACGGCUGGAGCGCCCGUACGAUUCGCGCUCAAAAGUUUGACUGGAACGAGGACGGUACGCCCAAAUUCCCAAAGCCAGGCUAUGGGCCUUAUCAGGUUCCUAGUGGUCAGUAA